UCUCCCCUCAUAGAGUGACCUAACUCAUUCAGAAAUCACUGUGGGCCUCCAGGGACCAGAUCCUAUUGUAGGCACCUGGGAUCCACUGGUGAGCAAGCCACGCAAAGGUCCCUGCCUCGUGGAGGUGACAUUCGCUCAGAGAAGACGGACAACAAGUAGUCAACAUAAGGAAAGUUAGACAGUGUGUUGGAAGGUAGUGAGUAUUAUGCUGGGGAGGGAAGAGGGCAGGAGGGUCUGGAUCCGGGCUUGGGAGGGAUUGCAUUUGAAACAGGGAGGUCAAGGUGGGGCUUGGUGGUGGCGACAUUUGAGCAAAGACUUGAAGGGGAUGUGGGCGUGAGCCACUGGGUACUCUGCAGGAACGGUGUUUCAGGCAGAGAGGGAACAGCCAGCACAAAGGGCCUGAGUCCCUGUUUGUGUUCUGAUCUGUGUGGGUCUCAACCACGAUGAUCUUGCCCCCAGGGGACCUUUGGCAAUAUCUGGAGACACUUUAGUUCGUCACUGUUGGGAUGGGGCUGUGGGAUACUACUGGCAUCUCCCAGGUAGAGGCCAGGGAUGCGACUACACAUCCUCAAGUGCUCCCACAAGAAAGAACGUUCCAGCCCAAAAUGUCAGUAGUGCUGAGGUUAAGAAACCUUGUGUUUGAGGAACAGUGAGUAGGCCAGAGAAGCCAGAGGGGGAGGCAGUAAGGAAGAAGGAAGUUGCAUACGAGGUCAGUGGUAACGAAGGCUGGGACGGAGUGGGUGGCCAGGUCAGGGAGGGCCUUGGGCCAGUGUGGACUUUGGCUUUUAUGCCAAGGGCAAUGGGGAGCCAUUGGAGGGCUUGGAGCAGAGGAGGGACAUGAGCUGCAUUAACAGUUUUAAGAGUGUUGCUCUGGCUGCCAGGUGGAAAACAGACUGAAGGAGGGUAAAGCUGGAAUGCAGGGGCUCGGGGGCAAGAGGCGAUGGGGCACAGACCAGUGGAAGCAGCUUCCAGAAUUCUGUGCACAGAACCAUCCAGUGCCAAAUUUUACAUUUUACAUUUAGGACAACAAGGUGAUCUGGAAAUUCCACACCAUCCCCACUCUUUUCAUUACUAUAUGUCAUAUGUUUUGCAUACACACACACACACACACACACACACACACACACACACACACACACACACAGAUGAGACAGAGAGAGAGAGAGAAACAGAAAUAGAUAUGAUUAAGUUGCCUUAGCUGGAUUAUGUUUUACACAACAGGAUACCUGAUAUCUGUUUUAACAAUUUGUUCAUAACAAAACAAUUUGAUGUGGGUUAGGCACAGUGUAACCCUUCUCUGCUUUAACAUGGGCUUGGCAAAAAAAAUUCCCUCUUGCUAACAACUCUUUUGUGGCAUAUUGUCCUAAGCCACAUAUAACCUUAAACAUACUAAAUUACCUGAAAAUUGGGUGGGGAGCAUAAAAGGUUUAGUACCUAAUAAAUGGGAGUUUGAACUGCUUUCCUCUUUUAAAAGUGUAUUCAGUUGUUCAAAGUACCUCUUCUCUUACUUGAUCAGCCAAAGCAAAUGCUUGAAACACAGCAGAAAAUGCCAAGAGACUGAAAAUUCACGCGUUUGCCCAAAGGUCUCAAACAUCAUAGAAGCAUCACCUCAAUCAUUCCUCCAUGUGAUCUCCCUAAAAUGCACAUCUCUUGUCCUCUUUGCAACCAAAGCCAGUGGGAGUCGUGUGUCAGCCCGCAGCAGAGGCUGGACACCCCCCUCCCACCAUCUGCCCACAAACAGCGUCUCAGUCCAUGUACUGCUAUGAUACAUUUAAGUGUCAUCUUCCAUGUUCGGGCUAUUGUAAACAGAGCUGCAAUGAACAUUUUGCAAAUAUGCCAGAGGAUUAUCCUGAUCAGUUUGAUGAUGUCAUGGAUUUUAUACAAGCCACCAUUAGAAGACUGAAAAGGUCACCAGAUAAACAAAUGGCCGUGCUUCCUCGCCGAGAGCGCCACCGGCAGGCUGCAGCCGCCAGCCCGGAGAGUUCCCGAGGGAAAGGCCGGAGGGGCCAGAGGGGCCGAAAUCGGGGGUGCGUCUUAACUGCCGUGCAUCUGAAUGUCACUGACUUGGGUUUGGGCUACGAAACCAAGGAGGAACUCAUUUUCAGGUACUGCAGCGGCUCAUGCGAUGCAGCCGAGACAAUGUAUGACAAAAUAUUAAAAAACUUGUCCAAAAAUAGAAGGCUGGUGAGUGACAAAGUCGGGCAGGCGUGUUGCAGACCCCUCGCCUUCGAUGACGACCUGUCCUUUUUAGACGAUAACCUGGUUUACCAUAUUCUGAGAAAGCAUUCCGCCAAACGCUGUGGAUGUAUCUGACUCCCGCUCCAGAGACCGCUGUGUAUUGCAUUCCUGCCACAAAGUGCAAAGAAAGGGACCAAGGUUCCCAGAAAAUGUUUGCCCGGAGUGGAAGAUAAGGACCAAGGAGGCGAGGAGGAGGAGGCAGGCAGCCGUUGUGGAGCCUGGCAGAGGAAGAUCCAGCGACCGAAAACUGGGCGGGAGAGAGAGAAAACAGCUGUCUGCAUUCUCCCAGAUGGCGGCCAGCGUCACCAGAAGCUCAGGGCUGGUGUCCCUGCUUGGGUGUUGCCAUCGUUUCAUCCGAUACAGUCCACCGUCGCCGGUCACGGGUACAGUUGCGGAUGCACUUGAAACCAAACCAGUGUAUCUCCUGUGGUUUGUUUUCACAUGUCUGGAGACACCAGGGAAAUGGUCCUCCUGGUGUCAUUCCCUGUCAUUGUGUUUUACUGCUGAAAGCAAGAAAGGUUUAUUUUUCUGUCACUCAGUGGAGACAUACACCGGCAAGGAGGAAAACAAAAAAGCAAAGACACACAUGAGAGGUAGUAACCUUUGCUUUUGAAGGUUCAGGCCUGAGGUUUACUCCAGCCAGCGUUUUGGGGAACAGUGGGUGAUUGAUUUCAAACAUGGUGUGUGAGGUGGGAAGAGGUUGGCUAGGAACCAGAAAGGCUGUCCUCAUGACUAAAACCAAACCUGAAGGUAUUUCCUUUCUGUCCUUGGAAACAGGAAACCAGUUGUGGUUUUCGGCAGAAUUCUUGCAGGAGAGCGUUGGGGGAAGGCCCCCAGCUGCACCGGGGCGGGGAGGCCGCCGGGCUCUCGGUUUACAGAGAGACAGAUGUUACAUACACCCCAGCUCCGUUAUGCGUGGUCACCAGUGACCAGAGAAGCUACUCGAUGCAAUGCAUCUGUUUCAGAUACAGAAGUAUAGAGAAAAUAUUUAUUGAGAUUUAAGUUAUUGUUAUUUAUUACCGUUCACUAAUGAGUUUCUCUUUUUUCCCUUAUUUAUUAAAGUUUCUUUUCAAAGGUGCCAAAGUAUAUGUGCUCGCGAAAUGCAAAAGAAGGUGACAAAGGAAAUUUUAAUUGGGAACAAGGGUCCAUG